AUGAUGGCUAUGGAGAAUGGACAGAAGAGACAAUGCACUGACCUUAGUUCUGCUAUGAUCAGUGGUUCUGAUAAGAAGAGGCGGAGGGUAGAGUUUUCAGAAACCGUUCUGGAUCAAGAUGGUAAUUCGGUUUUAUCUGGCAGCAAUACGAGAAAAGACGGGAGUGGGAAUGAUAAGAAGUUUGCUUUAGAGAUGUUUGAAAGCUUUGUAAUUAGAGCUUUGAAGGAGAUAGAUGCUGGUGAGGAUUCUGGUAUUGAGUCUUUGUCUAUGCAAGUAUCUUUACCAGCGUCCAGUGCAGAUCGUAUAUCCGCUGAUAAUUUCUCCUUGCUUCUACGGAUGCUGGGGAAUAAUAUAACAAAGAUCGAUAAUAAGAGAGGACUGACCAUAAUCAGAUCAAUAAUCAACUUUGAGAAGUGGUGGGAGUUACCUGCUACUACUCUAAGUAGCUAUAUAUCUUUCAUUAGAAUCUUGUGUUCUAGUUUGCCUAAAUGGUGGCAGGAUGUGUCGAUGGCAUUAAUUUCGAAUUUCCAGUUAUCGAUGUCCAAGACAGUGCAACAUCAUGAGAUGUUACGGUACUUCUUAAAGACGAUCCCAUCCUCUGUUCAUUUCAUUGAUUCAUACAUUGCGAAGUUUUUCCCAAAUAAGAACGAUUCGAAGAAAGUGCUGCUCAAUUUCAUAUCGAACGUGUUGGCAUUGACGGAAUACUGUCACGAGCUUCGGUUUCAAGCGUGGUCUUUGGUCAUUGAAAAGGUGAUCUCUAUCGAUGUGGAGUUACAGAACGAAUUGGAUGAACUCGAUGAGGAUAUAGACGAUGUGGAUGAUGACGAUGAUGACGAUGAUGGUGAUGAUGACGACGACAACGACGACGACGACGAAAGCGGCGAUAGUGGUGAUAAUGAUUCCGAAGAUGAAAAUGAGAACAACCAAGAACGGAUUUUGAAACGUUAUGGUAUAACUAAAUCUGGUAAUGAUGCAGAUGAUGAUAUGGAUGGUAGUGACCAGGACAGCGAUGAAGAGAUGGAUGGAGAUGAAGUCUACUACGUGGAUCUUUCUCAUAACAUUAAAGAACUAUCUUCAAAGCUGGACGAUAUUCUAGCCGUCAUCACCAGUAAACUCUCAUGUGCAUUGACACCUGAAUCCUUGGAGGACGGAGACGGAGUCACCAUCUUCAACACUUUGACGUCGUUGUUUAAAACGCAUAUUCUACCGACGUACUACACGAGGUCAGUACAGUACUUGAUGUUCCAUGUUUCACAACAACAACCGGAGCUUAUGGAUGCGUUUUUGGUCACAUUGAUAGACAUUUCGUUUUCUCCUAAUGAGACCAUGGAAAAGAAGAUCAAAUCUCUACAAUACAUCGGUUCAUUCAUCGCUAGAGCUAAGAAACUCACGCGAACUCAAAUUGUAUUCGUCACAAGCUACUUGACCUCGUGGCUAAACAGAUACGUGUUGGAAAGAGAAGAAGAAGUGGAUCAACAAGGUGGUAUGGAAAGAUUCAAACAUUUCUAUGCAGUUUUCCAAGCCAUCUGCUACAUCUUCUGCUUUAGACAUUCGAUCUUAAGGGACGGUAACGAUGCAUGGGAAUGUGAUUUGGACAAGUUCUUCCAAAGAAUGGUCAUUUCGAAGUUCAAUCCAUUGAAAUACUGUAACGGUAACGUCAUGAUGAUGUUCGCAAAGAUCGCUCAGAAUGAAGGCGUCGUGUACUGUUUCAGCAUCAUCGAAAACAAUAAUAAUGAGAGACUCAGAGGUAUCACGGGUAAAUCUGCAGAAUCUGGUGGCUCUUCCAUCAGUGGUACGUGGUCUCUAGCUACCAGACAACAAUUUAUAGAUUUACAAUCAUAUUUCCCAUACGAUCCGUUAUUCCUAACGAAUUACAAAUCAAUGAUGAAGGACUAUUACAUAGAAUGGACUGAAGUCAGCAAAGAUUACGAAAGUGACGAUUCAGAUGAACUAGACGAUUCGCCACUAUCAUCAUGA